AUGCUAGCCAUCACAUCAAUCCUCGGAGCAGCUCUUGCCGUCGUUAUUAUAACACGGAUUCUUUCGAUUGGUCGUCGGCCUAAGAACUAUCCUCCAGGGCCUCCUACCCUUCCCAUCUUAGGGAACAUCCAUCAAAUGCCUUCAAAGGACGUCCACCUACAGUUUGAAAAAUGGGCUCGUGAAUAUGGACCUAUCUACAGUCUCAUGCUUGGUACAAAAUGUCUUAUCGUGCUCUCAAGUGACGAGGCUGUGAAAGAGCUAUUGGACAAAAGAAGCAACAUCUACUCCCACAGACAGGAGAUGUACAUUGGUCAGGCUCUGUGUAGUGGAGACCUCAGAUUGUUGAUGAUGGGCUAUGGGCCGAUAUGGCGUUCCUUCCGCAAGAUGGUACACACCCUGCUCAACGUAACGACUUCAAAGAAAUACGUUACUUAUCAGAUGCUGGAAAACCGCCAAAUGCUCUACGAGUUCCUGACACAGCCACAAGACUUUCUCAAGCAUAUUCGUCGCUAUUCCAAUGCACUUACCACGACCAUGGUGUUUGGAUGGAGAACACCGACUUACGAGGAUGAGAAGAUGAUGCAACUCUUCGACGGCUUCUCUGAAUUUGCCACCAUCAACCAAACAGGCGCGGCUGCUCUCAUCGACUUCUUCCCCUUGUUGCGCCAAUUGCCCGACUUCCUUCUGCCGACCCGGAAGAAGGCCAAAGAGCUUCACAAGCAUGAGAAAGCUCUGUAUCGAGGCCACUGGCUCAAGGCAAAGAAACAAACCGAGGAGAACACCAUUAAUCCCUGUUUCUGUGCAGGAAUGUACGAAGCACAGAAGCGAGAUGGAUUUAGCGAUGACCAGGCGGCCUAUAUCUCCGGAACACUUCUAGAGGCGGGCUCUGAUACAACCUCGAGCACACUUUAUGCGUUCAUGCAAGCUAUGCUGCUAUUCCCCGAUGUCCAGCGGAAAGCACAGGCCGAGAUCGACCGAGUCAUCGGGCCAAACCGUCUCCCUGUCAUGGAAGACUUGGCCGAUUUGCAGUACAUCCGCAGCUGCAUGAAAGAGUCUCUUCGAUGGAUGCCAACUACCAUUCUGGGCGCUGUUCCACAUGCUGUGACACAAGACGAUGAAUACAAGGGCUAUUUCAUCCCUAAGGGUGCAGGUGUUAUGAACAACGUGUGGAGCAUCCACAUGGACCCGAAGCGACACCCAAACCCACGCGUCUUCAACCCCGACCGAUAUGAAAAUGACCGUCAGAGCCUAGGAGAUGCAGCAGCUAAUCCUGAUCCAUCCAAGAGAGACACAUUUACCUUUGGAGCCGGACGUCGUAUCUGCCCUGGCAUUCACGUCGCAGAGCGAAGCUUGUUUCUUGGCAUGUCACGAAUUUUGUGGGCAUUCAGCGUCGAGCCUGCGCUGGAUGAAAAGGGUAACCCAAUUAUCCCUGACCCCGACCGGUUGACACAAGGGUUUGUCUGUAUGCCCGAGGAAUUUCCUGCUCGCAUCACUCCGAGAUCUCAAGAGCAUGCGGAUAUGGUGAAGCGAGAGUGGAAGGAGGCGCAAGAGACCUCUCUUGAUCCCAACACGAAGCAAUGGAUAAACACACCUGUGAAUGCGCCGAAUUUGUAG